UGUUCCCAUGCGAACUUUGGAGAAUUGUCACCUGAGUCACCCCUUUUCUACGCUAUAAUUAUACAGCAUUUUUUAUAACAUUGUUUCCGACUGCGGAAGUAAACAACGCCAUUGCGUGCGUAAUAUAAUGGUAUCGGCGCCUCUAUAUUUCCAACAAUCCUCUUAUACAAUAUCCGACAUUCCGCUGUCUCAGCGGAGUUCGCUCUCUUGCUCUCAGUAUGGCGGCAGCACAAGAUAAACCCGAGCCAGCUUCGGCGCAUGCUAACCGGAGAGUUAUCGAUGACGAGAAAAACGAUGCCUCAAGUGGCGAUAUCCGUGAAACCCUAGUCGAAGUUUCGGCUGAGAACCAACUCCUUCGCCACCUGGGUAAUCGCCAAAUCCAAUUGAUUGCUAUCGGUGGUAGUAUUGGUACCGCGCUCUUUGUUAGUAUCGGCGGUGGUCUAGCUAAGGGCGGUCCGGGUAGUCUACUCAUCGGAUAUACGAUCUAUGCGAUUAUGGUCGGCAUGGUAAAUAACUCCAUGGCGGAAAUGGUAACCUACAUGCCUGUGUCCGGAUCCUUCAUUCGAAUGGCCGGGAGAUGGGUUGACGAAGCAUUGGGAUUCAUGGCCGGAUGGAAUUUCUUCCUCUACGAAGCCUGUCUAAUCCCCUUCGAGAUCUCCGCUAUUAACCUUGUUCUUGGAUUUUGGCGAGAUGACAUCCCUCCUGCAGCUAUUUGCGUGGCAUGCAUUGUGUUGUACGCUAUCAUCAACAUCAUGGCUGUGCAGUAUUUUGGCGAGGCCGAAUUUUGGCUGUCGAGUGGUAAGAUCUUGCUUAUUUGCAUCUUAUACAUGUUCACGUUGGUUACUAUGUGCGGAGGUAACCCCCAACACGACGCCUACGGUUUUCGAUAUUGGUCAGAUCCGGGAUCUUUUGCCGAACACAUACAUACUGGUACCUUAGGUCGUUUCGAAGGCUUCCUCGGCGCUGUGUUUUCCGCCGGCUUCACUGUCGUCGGACCUGAGUAUCUCGCCAUGGUUGCUGGAGAGGCGGAGCGUCCCCGAACCUAUCUUAAGAACGGAUUUAAAACGGUUUACUGGCGAUUUGGCGUAUUCUUCAUUGGAGGUGCGCUCUGUGUUGGUAUUGUUCUUCCAUAUGCGGACCCCACACUACAGAACGCCGACACGGGGACAGCAAACGGCUCGCCUUAUGUCAUUGCGAUGCAGAAUAUGGGCAUCGGAAUACUGCCCCAUAUUGUCAAUGCUCUAAUGAUCACGAGUAUCUUCAGUGCAGGCAACGCCUACACCUAUUGUGCCAUGCGAUCCUUGUACGGACUAGCGUGCGACGGCCAGGCACCCAAAAUCUUCCAGAAGACACUCAAGAACGGCAUUCCAGUCUACGCUUUCGCUCUCGUCAUGGUCUUCCCUUUUCUUUCGUUCCUGCAGGUAUCGAACAACACGGCGCAGGUUGUGACGUGGCUAGCAACACUCACCCAGGGCUCGCAGAUGAUCAACUACAUUGUAAUGAGUUUAACGUACAUCUUUUUCUACAACGCUACAAAAGCUCAGGGAAUAGAUCGCCGUUCGUUACCCUAUUAUGGCUACUUCCAGCCGUAUUGUGGUUACAUUGGAAUGGCGUGGAUGGUUAUUAUCGAGGGCAUUUUUGGAUAUUCCGUGUUUCUACCGGGCAAGUUUAAUGUCGGAGACUUCUUCGCAUUCUACACCAUGGCUAUGGUUGCCUUCUGCACUUUCUUCGGCUGGAAGAUCUACAGACGUACGAAGUUCGUCGCCCCCGCGCAGGCUGAUCUUGUAUGGGAGAAACCGGCUAUCGAUGCAUACGAGGCCUCCCACAACGAGCCUCCGACCCGUUUCCGAGACGAGAUAAGGGCAAUGUUCUUUGGAAACAGGAAACGAGAGAAUUACAUGGGCGAGGAUCCGAAUUAAGACCGAGCAAUCGUGUGGCAUAUGCGACUGGCCCCUAAAUACCCGAAAUGGUUAAGGGGGAUAGUCGUAUAUGCUUUGGAUAUCUAAGGGGGCAAAAGGGGGCAUGAAAUCUAGCGUGGGGAUGAUACCAUAAAAUGUUCAAAAUAAAGUCAACUUUGAAAUCCAGC